GCUCUAAAUUAUCGAGUCUGCAUAUGCUAAUAAUGGCAGAAGAAAAUAAACUGUUUGAUGUUAUCGUAGGCAUAGACUUUGGAACGACUUUUUCUGGCUUUUCAUGUGAGGUUAUUCCAGAGAAGAAAGAGCCUCCUAAACCAGAGACAGCAAAUACUACUAAAGCUAAAAAAAAAGGAAAUUAUGCACCUGAAUUGCUAUUAAAAAAAACCUCUUCUGCAAUGUAUUUUAAAAAAGAUGAAAAGAAGAUUUUUGAGUUUGGAGACAAAGCAGAGAAGGCAAAUGAGGAUUACAAAUACCCUGAAACUAAGACUGAACCUAAGACUGAACCUAAGACUGAAAUCACGACUGGCACUGAAGCUCACACUAACAGUAACGUUGAACCUGACGUCGCCAAUAAUACUGAGGAUAAGACUGAAAGUAACCCUGGGGAUUUGGUGAGAAGAACAAAGUUGCUCUUAGACAGAACUAUCAAAAACCACCCAGACCUACCAGCAAGACUUACUCUAGUACAUGCCGUCUCUCGCUAUCUGAAAAAAAUUCGUAGAAAUAUCCAUAUAGAAAUAGAGACGAAAUAUGGCCAUGAUCCAAAACUUUUAAAGUACAAAUAUUAUAUAACAGUUCCAGCCUCGUGGUCGAAGCAAUCCAGGAAUAUUAUGAGAGAUGCCGCUAUAUCGUCUAAACUUGUUGAAAAACAUAAUGUUGAUACACAACUAGAAAUUAUUGAUGAACCUGUGGCCGCUGCUGUGUAUGCCGAGUCUAAAAAUACUGACAUCAAAUUCAAAAAAGGCGACCGUUACAUGAUUUGUGAUGCUGGUGGUGAAACUGUAAAUCUUGCUGUUUUCGAAAAAGACACCAUCGAAGGACAAAAGAGCUUAAAGGAGAUUACCUUUGGGGCUGUUACUCCUAGUGUAUCAAGCUUAUUGGAUGCUCUAUUUGAAGAACUAUUGGAGAAAAGGCUUCCAGAAUGGUCAGAAAAAGGUACCUCCCAACCUGAAGAUACUCAGGCAUCUACGGAAGAAAACAUUGGACAAGAUUCGAUCGACAUAAUAGAGAAUUCAUUGGAAAAAAUAAAUGAGAUAAUUAAAGCAACGCAUAAAGAUAUCGAAAAUAAUCCGAAAAUAUUUACACCAGAAGAGAUUCGAACAGAAAUGUUUUAUCCAGUGGUAGAAAUCAUACUCAAGACUAUCAAAAAACAAAUCGAAAUACAAAAGGGAAUUCAAAGGACCGAACAAGACAACCAGCCUGAUGAACGAAAGUUGAAAGCUAUCUUUAUUACCGGUGGACUUGGCCAGUCAAAAUAUCUUCAGGACAAAAUCAAGGAAAAGUUCGGGGAAGAGGUUGAAGAUAAUAAUAUCAUAGGAGUUGAAGAAGGGAUUAUGGCUGUGAUGAAAGGAGCAGUCUUAAUUCAUUCAAACCCCAUUGAAAUUAGUCAGAAAAUUCAUCGCCGUACAUAUGGAAUCAGGUUGCGUCCCCCCCAAAAAAAACCCCCCGGCAGUAACGGGAAGACCGACAGAAGCAAUUCACUCAUAGAAUCUGAAAAAAACGUUGAAGAAAACGACUAUGAAAACGAUAAAAAGGAAAAGGAAAAAAACAGGUUUCAUGUGUACAUUCGCAAAAAUGAUCCAGUUAUCGAUAAUACAUGGAUCACAAAAAAGAUGUAUUGGAAAGCGGAAACUCUUAAGGUUAUAUCUCUAUGUGCAUAUAAUGGUGAUGGUGAACCUCCUACACAUCCCAAGGAAGAAGAUAUUGACACAGUGAUUACGUUGGAUACCGGGUUUUCAAUUAACAAGAAAGACAACAGUUCUUCUCUUGAGAUAUUGAUCCUAAAAAUGAGCUUUGAUAUAGACAUUAUUGAUAUCAAAGGCAGUAUUUCAAACUUGGAGUUCAAAUAUCCUAGAGUGGAGGAUUUAACUGGAGAAAAGAAUACUUUGCCUUUUAUCGAGAUUAAUCCAGCGCCCUUUUCGAAAUUUCAAAAGAUCUUUCCUUUUCUUAGAAGGACUUCAAAGGCUUAAUAUUAUUCACCUAUUGUAACUCUUUUCGUUAUUUAGAGGUAACUUACUAUUAAACAUCAAAUCUUGUAAUGGCAUUAAUAAUAUUCUUGUUGGUCUUAAGCUUAAGAAUCUAUAGGCCUUUUUAAGCACAAGUUUUGCAUACAUAAUAACAAUAACAAUAACAAUACUGUAAAUACCUCUAAUACCCUUGGAUAAAUUUGAAUCUUAUUUCCGGCAAUUGAUUUGACAUAACAUU